CUGUGGCCAUCAGCAAUGCCGUGUCCUGCCUUGCAGGGAGUCACCCUCACGCUCUGGUCCACCUGUGGCCUGUCCCGAGGGGGCCUCUACGGGGAGUGGCAGGGGGUGAUCUGCCCUGGGGAGAGCAGCUCGCAGGUCCAGAAGUACCUGCAGCAGCUGUGGAACACCAUCCUGCUGAUCGCCCUGCUGCUCUGCACCGGCGUCAUGGUGCAGGCCCAGCGGCAGUCGCGGCAGGAGCUGUCGGAGCGGGAUGCUGAGCUGGACCUGAAGCAGCACAUCCGGCGGCGGCUGCUGGCGCUGAAAACGCGGCGCUACCACCCUGGGAAGCCGCCCCGGAGCCGCGCCUGUGAGAUCGACAGCUGUGCCGUGUGCCUGGACCAGUUCCACAAGAGCCAGUGGCUGCGGGUGCUGCCCUGCUCCCACGAGUUCCACCGGGACUGUGUGGAUCCCUGGCUCCUGCUGCAGCAGACCUGCCCUCUCUGCAAACGCAACAUCCUGGGGAACUGCUGCACGGACAGCUAGCUGGCCCGAGGACACACUCCAGGGACAGACCCAUGGCUGCUGCAAGGACAGGGAGGGGGCAGGGGGUGCCCAGUGAGAGGCACUUGCUGCCACAGCUGGGUUGGUGUGGCUGUGCCCAUCACAGUGCCCAGACUCUGGAGAGGGAAGGACUUUGGGCUCUCCUGCUGGGUGUGAGUUGAGGGGUGGGGGGUCCAGAUGGGCAGUGUUGGGGAGGGAAGAUUGGGGCACCCAUGGGUCUAACAGGGUGGGGGCUGGGGCAGGGAGAGCCCUGGUCCUGCUGUGCUCUUGCCCUGCUCACAGCAAUUUUUCUAAGUCUUGGGUUUUUUGUCUAUUUGCUGGUGGCCGUGGCAGGGUAGGCAGAGCAUGGCUGCAGUGCCAGCCCCUCUGGGAGGUGGGUGACAGCUCUGCCAGGGCUGGGGCUGGCACGGCUGUGGGUGACUCAUGGCCUCACCGUGGGAGGGCAGGGGUUGGAUGCUUUAUUUAUAAUAAUAACUUAUUAGAAAGGAUGGCACAAGCCAGCUGCAGAGCCAGCACGGUCACUGGGGACACACCACGGGUCCUGCCCCACAGGCUGCAAUGUGGCACGUGUCCAUCCCUAUUAAACAUGGAGCAAGGGC